AAAAAAAAAAAAAAAUCUGAAUUUGUUAAGGUCAGGUCUACGUUCAUGGAGAUGAAUAUAGAAUACACAUACUGUAACUCUCUCUGUGCGAGCAAUGGCAGCUCUCGAGUCUUCCAAUUUUGCACCUCGAUUCAGCUCGCACUUCACGUUAAACUCCAAUAGAAUUCAUCCUCGCAAACCAUUUUCGAGUAAAUUUGGGGAAAAAUUCAACCGGAAAACACUUAAGUGUUCUCUUGUCGAAAAACAAAAAAAGGAGGAUAAAGAGGUUUCUAGAGUGUUUACCAAGGAAGAAAACGCGUUGAUCGAUGCUCUUAUAGGAAUUCAGGGCCGCGGCCGAUCUGCUUCUCCUCAGCAACUCCAAGAAGUUGAACGUGCAGUGCAGAUCCUAGAAGUUCUGAAAGGCACGUCUGAUCCAACAAGUUCAAGUUUAAUUGAAGGUCGAUGGCAGUUAAUGUUCACGACAAGACCAGGAACAGCAUCUCCAAUUCAGAGAACGUUUGUCGGGGUUGACUCCUUUAGUGUAUUUCAAGAGGUAUAUCUUCGAACGGAUGACCCACGUGUGUCCAAUGUUGUAAAGUUCUCUGAUGCAAUUGGUGAGCUGAAAGUAGAGGCAGUGGCAUCAGUUAAAGAUGCCAAAAGGAUCCUUUUCCAGUUUGAUAGAGCAGCUUUUUCUUUUAAUUUUUUGCCCUUCAAAGUCCCAUAUCCUGUACCUUUUAGACUUCUUGGAGAUGAAGCUAAGGGCUGGUUAGAUACUACAUAUUUGUCUCAAUCAGGAAACAUUCGUAUCUCACGUGGAAACAAGGGAACCACAUUUGUGCUGCAAAAAGAAACUGAACCAAGGCAAAGAUUGCUAUCAGCCAUUUCCACUGGUAGAGAAGUCAGAGAGGCAAUUGAUGAGUUCAUCACCUUAAAUCAAGAUGUGGUUAAAAAUGAAUUGGAACUUCUUGAAGGAGAGUGGGAAAUGAUUUGGAGUUCACAGGUGGAAACUGAUAGUUGGAUAGAGAAUGCUGCAAAUGGUUUAAUGGGCAAACAGAUUGUCAAGCCAAACGGAGACUUGAAGUUUCUUGUUGACAUAUUUUUCGGGUUCAAAUUUUCCAUGACUGGAAAAUAUGUGAGAUCUGGUUUCAAUACAUAUGAUGUUUCAAUGGACGAUGCAGCAAUCGUGGCUGGUCCAUAUGGCCUCCCGGCAGAAAUGGAAAGCAAGUUCACACUGGAAUUGCUGUAUACUGAUAAUAAAAUAAGAAUCAUUCGAGGCUACAACAAAAUUCUUUUUGUUCACGUCCGUGUCAAAUGAGAGGGAAACAGUUGGCUAUUGAUGCAUUUGAUAAGGUAGACCACAUAACAUUGGUAGUGUAUGUGUAUGUCAAUGCACACUAAACAUGGACGCCGUAAACUUUUUAGCUUUAAAUUGUACAUAUUAGAUAAAACUUGAGAUUGAGACAUUGAGAUCAAAUAUUCUGUGUAUAAUUGUAUUAUGUUGCUAGAUCAAUGAACAGCAAAAGUAAAUUUUCUUGCAAAA